AUGCAGGCCAACGUCUUCGUCUUCGGGGACCAAACCGUUCCCUUCGAGUCAACUCUCCACGAUCUUCUUCAGGUCAAGGAUAAUCCCACUCUGAUCGAUUUCAUCGACAAAGCUGGGUAUCACCUUCGUCGCUAUGUUGCCAACCUUCCGGUCUACCAGCAAGACUGGUUCCCGUGUUUCACCACUCUGGUGGACCUGUUUGCCCAACACGACAAGUCUCAUGCGUGUCCGGCACUGAAGUUCGCUUUUGUUGUCGUUACUCAGAUCGGCUUGUUUAUCAAGCAUUUGGGAGAUGGCUCCAGCCCUUAUCCGACUGACAACACCUAUGUCAUCGGCGCUUGUACCGGGUGCUUUGCCGCUGCAGCCAUAAGCAGCUCGCGCACCCUGACAGAGUUGGUCCCUGCCGCGGUGGAGGCUGUCUUAGUCGCCUUGCGGACGGCAGUGUGUGCAUUGACCCUGCGAGAUGAUCUCAUCGGCACCGAUGAAGAACACAAAGCAUGGUCCGCUCUCGUCGGGGUUGACGAGUCUGUGGCCGAUAAUUUGGUCCAGAACUUCAACGUGGAGAAGUCUUUCCCCCGUGUCAUGCAACUGUACGUUAGCUCAAUUAGCAAUUGUGUGACUAUAAGCGGCCCGCCCGGUUUACUGCCCCAGUUUCUUUUGGCAUCAGCAUUAAAGCAUUCUAUGCUACCUAUCGAACUACCCUACCACGCACCGCACUUAUUUAGCGGUGCUGAUACAGGGGGGUUUCACCAUUCCUCCCUGCAAGGGUAUGCGCAGCGGCUCCCAAUAGUGUCGGCUGCGUCUGGAGCGAUCUUGGACUCUCAGACAUUCGAGGGUCUUCUCCACGGAGCAGUUACGGAUACUCUCGCAUAUCCCAUCCAGUGGAACCGUCUCGCAUCAGGACUCUCUAAAGAGCUGUCUGCGUAUGGCUUUACGGCCUGCACACUCCAUUGCGUCCAAUUUCGAGGGUCCUUUCUUGCCAGCAGUCUAGCCCAACAACUCCCAUCCUUGAAUGUCGCUACAACCUCGAUAAAUAACGGCCCUCCGAUAUCUCAACCAGACGGCGAGCCGACAGGAAAGUUCUCCAAUUCGAAAAUAGCAAUCAUAGGCUAUUCCGGUCGUUUCCCUGACUCUGCAUCCAACGAGGAAUUUUGGUCCCUCCUACUGGCAGGUCGCGAUGUGCAUCGCACAAUCCCAGAAGAUAGAUUUGCCUGGGAAAAACAUUACGAUGCGACGGGAAAGACCAAAAACACGAGCCGAAUCAAAUAUGGCUGCUUCAUCAAGGAGCCAGGUGUCUUCGACGCGCGAUUCUUCAACAUUUCCGCUCGAGAAGCUGAGAAUACGGAUCCUUCCCAGCGACUAGCCCUCACAACAGCCUACGAAGCAAUGGAAAUGGCUGGGCUGGUCCCGAACUCAUCCCCCAGCACCCAGCAGGAUCGGAUUGGUGUGUUCUACGGUAUGACCAGCGAUGACUGGAGGGAAGUGAAUAGUGGUCAAAAUGUGGACACCUAUUUCAUCCCGGGUGGAAACAGGGCAUUUUUGUCCGGCAGGAUCAGCUAUUUCUUCCGAUUUUGUGGGCCAAGCCUGAGCAUUGAUACGGCAUGCUCGUCGAGCUUCGCUGCCAUUCAAACAGCAUGUGCAUACCUCUGGCGCGGAGAAUGUGACACAGCUCUUGCCGGUGGUGUCAAUGUUCUGACGAACCCGGAUAAUUUUGCGGGUCUCGAUAGAGGCCACUUUCUUACGACAAAGGGAAACUGCAACGCAUUUGACGACGGCGCAGACGGAUACUGCCGAUCUGACUGUGUCGGCAGUGUUCUCCUGAAACGGCUUGAUGACGCCCUGUCUGACAACGACCCCAUCUUUGGUGUGAUUCGAGGCACGUACACAAACCAUUGUGGCCGCACGGACUCAAUAACGCGACCAUUCGAAGGCGAUCAAAUUGCAGUUUUCAAUCGCAUACUCCGAUAUACCGGCGUUGACCCGAGGGAGAUCGGAUACGUCGAGAUGCACGGGACCGGGACUCAAGCUGGCGAUGCCACUGAGAUGAAGUCCGUCUUGAGUGUGUUUGCAUCUGAGAAGCCGAGGAAGAAGCGCUUGUAUCUUGGAGCAGCGAAAGCAAACAUAGGUCACGCCGAGUCCGCGAGUGGCGUAGCCUCAUUGAUUAAAGUGUUGUUGAUGCUGAAGUUUAAUACGAUUCCACCGCAUUGUGGCAUCAAGACCAAGAUCAAUCACACGUAUCCUACUGACUGGGACGAGAGGAACGUGCACAUUCCCAUGAAGGUCACAGAGUGGGACAGGGCAGAAGGAGAGAAGAGGCUCAUCUUUCUGAACAAUUUCAGUGCGGCUGGGGGGAACACGGCAGUUUUGGUAGAAGAUGCACCGGAGAGAAGUCUACAGGGAGAGGACAAACGGACCCGACACGUGGUGGCUAUAACGGCAAGGACUGCCAAGUCACUCCAAGGUAAUCUGGAGAACAUGAUUCAGUAUUUGACUCAAAAUCCAGGUGUGUCGCUGUCGAGUCUGUCAUACACAACCACAGCUAGGCGGAUGCAUCACAGCUUUCGGGUAUUGGUGUCGUCCGGUGAUGACGCCGUAUCUAUCCGCGAAAGACUACAGCAGACAGUUUCAACCAUGUAUACAGUUCCCCAAAAAAAGAGAAUUGUCAUGGUCUUUACUGGACAGGGCACAGUGUACACCGGUAUGGGGCAGCAGCUCUUCGACACGGUCCCUUCGUUCCGUGAUUGCACCCUGCGUUUGGAUUCCAUCGCCCAAAGUCAGGGCUUUCCACCAUUCUUGCCUAUAAUCCAGGGAAUCACGCAGGAUUCGUCGCCAGUGACAGACCAACUGAGCCUGGUUUGCCUCCAAAUGGCCUUAUACAACUUUUGGACAUCUCUCGGAAUUUCACCUAUCGCCACCAUCGGCCACAGUCUGGGCGAGUAUGCCGCUCUUUAUGCGGCAGGCGUACUCACCGCAAGUGAUGUGAUAUACCUGGUUGGCACACGGGCUAUGCUGUUUGUCGAGAAGACACGUCAACGGACACAUGGCAUGCUAGCAGUCAAGCAGCCAGUUCAGGAAAUACAGACAGAGCUAGAUGCUUGCGAGAUCGCUUGCUUCAACCAACCUGGAAGCAACGUUGUGAGUGGUGCUUUAAAGGAGUUGUCCGACCUAAAGCAGAAGCUUGACAGCCACCGAGUCGCAUGUACCAUGGUCGACGUCCCUUAUGCCUUUCACUCUGCUCAGGUUGAUCCUGUAUUGAAAGAAUUCGAAGUAGUUGCCAGUCGCAUACGGUAUCGCCCACCUCGUGUUGCAUACAUUUCCCCAUUGCUUGCAUCCGUCGUCUCAGCAGGGGAUACCAGUACUUUGAACGGGGAAUACUUGACCAAGGCAUGUCGACUACCGGUCAACUUCCAAGGUGCCGUACAAGCUGCACGAGCGGAACUCAUUGAUGCGAAUACCAUAUGGCUCGAAUUAGGCUCGCAUCCUGUCUGUUCAGGGAUGGUAAAGGGCAUCUUGGGUCAGGAUAUGCUAACAGUACCGUCACUCCGAAGAGACACCGAUACCUGGGCCGUCAUUACAGGAGGCCUAGAGCUCUUGUAUACCAGCGGUGUUGAGAUAAACUGGACGGAAUAUCAUCGCCCGUGGGAACGUCAACAAGAGGUUUUGGCCUUGCCGCGGUAUGCCUGGGAUCUGAAAAAUUACUGGAUCCAGUAUCGGAACGACUUCUGUCUGACAAAAGGGGAGGGGGGAUCUUCAGCCGAGAAGGCCAAGCCACUUUAUUUGAGUCCUUCAGUUCAACAGGUUCUGGAGGAAUCCCACGGUGAUGAUACGUCCACCAUACUCGCUGCGUCUGAUAUUCAGGAUGCAAGACUAGCGCCUAUUCUAACCGGCCACGUCGUCCACGGCGUGGUACUGUGUCCUUCAUCUCUAUACCCGGAUAUCGCUCUCACCAUAACGAGAUACAUGAUGCAAGCUGCAAAACUGACGCUUGAUACAGUAGGCUUGGACGUAGCGGAAAUGAAGAUACAAAACCCGCUCAUCUCUCAAGAUGUUCAAUCGCAACUCUACUAUGUCUCCGCAACGGCGGAUUGGCGAGCCGAGCAAGUAUCGUUCCGGCUCUUCAGCGGCCUAAAGGGCAAGGAAACGGAGCAUGCUACAUUCUGCGUUCGAAUUACCCAGUCGCACAGCUGGUUAAAUGACUGGAAGCGCAACACAUAUCUCAUCCACAGCCGAAUCAGCAAAUUGCAAGAGAGUGCCCAUCAAGGCGAUGCGCACCACGUCAAACGGAAACUCGCAUACCAGCUUUUUGCGCAAACGGUCGAAUACGGGCCCGACUAUCAAGGCAUGCAGGAUGUGAUCUUCGAUGCCGAGGAACGUGAAGCUACUGUUUUAGUGUCCUUCCAAACAGGUGACAAUGGUUUUACAUUCAACCCAUGUUGGAUUGACAGUCUGGGCCAUGUCGCGGGGUUUGUUAUGAAUAGCGAUGUCUCGCCGGGUAAGACGCAGGUCUUCAUCAACCAAGGAUGGGAGCGGAUGCGCUGUCCUGUUCCGCUGUCCAUGGGUAAGAAGUACCGGGUGUAUAAUAAAAUGCAGGUCGAGAGUGGUACGACAUAUCUGGGCGAUACAUACAUUUUGGAGGAGGGAACUGUUAUUGGUUUGUAUGAGGGCGUGCGAUUCCAAGGCAUUCCUCGACGUGCUCUGGAAAAGGUUCUUUCGGGUGGCGCUUCUGAGCGUCGUAUACAACCUCCAGCCACGCAGAGCCAACGCUCGCCUGCACAUGAAAUGGCAACGAAACCAGACAUCGCGACUCGUGUCAUGAGUAUUAUAGCGGCUGAAUCAGGAGUUACUCUAGCAGACCUCUCUCCAACGGACGAGUUUACGAAUCACGGUAUCGACUCUCUUCUGUCGCUGACUAUAUGCGGUCGCAUCCAAGAAGAAGUGGGCAUCGAGGUCUCAUCCUCACUAUUUAGCGAAUAUCAUACUCCCAAGGCUCUGAUCGGCCACCUUGCCUCCUUGUGCGUGUCGCCAGCUGUCAAUACUCCCUCCUCUACCGAGACCAUGUGCGAAUACUUAACAGGCAAUACCGAAACAAUCGCUGGUGGUUCUCCCUCUAUCUUACAGUUAUUGCGCUCGACCAUUGCGUCAGAAACUGGUGCAUCUAUCAGCGAGAUCACCCCCAACACCCCGUUUAGCGAACUCGGCGUGGAUUCACUACUUGCGCUCACGAUCGCCAGCACACUCGCCGAGUCCCUCGAGAUUGAAAUCUCAUCAACCGCCCUAACGGACUGCCACAAUCUCUCCGAACUGCACAAAAGUCUUGGUCUCAACACGCCUUCGCCCAGCUUACCCUCGUCGCAACCCCCAACCACUGUACCUUCCUGCGACCCCGGACUAGGCCCGCAAUCCACCUCAAUUAUCCUCUGGGGAAACCCCAAAACCAGCUCAAAAACGCUGUUCUUCUUUCCCGACGGCUCCGGCUCAGCAACAUCUUACGCACACAUGCCCAAGGUCCCAAACACAGCCGCCUACGCGCUCAACUGCCCGUACAUGAAAACGCCCCAUCAGAUGACCCACAGCCUCGAAUCCUUAACGACAAAGUACCUCCUCGAGAUCCGACGCCGCCAACCCACCGGCCCAUACCAUCUCGCCGGGUGGUCCGCAGGUGGAAUUUGUGCCUACGAAGCCGCGCGCCAGCUACAUUCUGCCGGACAAGAAACCAGUCGAAUCAUUCUAAUCGAUGCCCCCAACCCCAUUGGCCUUCAGAACCCGCCGUCCCGAAUGUAUGACUUUUUCGAGCAGAUCGGACUCUUUGGUCGGGGCACGGCGCCGGACUGGCUCCGGCCGCACUUCGACGCGUUUAUCCGCUUGCUGGAUGCGUAUCAGGCCUCGACGUUGGGGUUCCCCGUGUCGACGUAUCUGAUCUAUGCAACGGAUGGAGUAUGUCAUGGAGAGGGGGUGCCGAAGAUGGAACUUCGAGAUGAUGAUCCGCGAGAGAUGAUUUGGUUGAUGACGGAUCGAACGGACUUUAGUGGUGAUGGGUGGGCGAGUUUAGUAGGGAGGGAGAAUUUGCACGUCACUGUGCUGGAUGGGGUGAAUCAUUUCUCGAUGGUGGAGAGAGGGGAGCAUAUGGUGCGCUUUGGGAGGUUUCUGGAGGAAGCGAUGAGUUGA